AUGCCCAUGUGUGUUUAUUCUCAUGCGCAGCACGUACUUCCUCCUCUAUAUAAAGGCCAUGCAGCAUGCCAGCCAGAGCCAACUUAUACUUCUCAAGAUUAUUACCAACAACAACAACAAAAACCUCAAGUUAUGGCAAUGCAAUUACGUUCUUUUCUCUUAGGCAUACUGCUACUAAUUGGCUUUGCUUUCACAAAUAGCGAAGCUGAUAUUAGAGCUCCACCCACACAUUUUGACACUGCUUCUCUCAAUAGGAGCAGUUUUCCAGAAGGGUUCAUAUUUGGUGUAGGUUCUGCAUCUUACCAAUAUGAAGGUGCUGCAAAAGAAGGUGGUAGAGGACCAAGCAUUUGGGAUACCUUCACCCACAAAUAUCCAGAAAAGAUUAGCGAUAGAAGCAAUGGAGAUAUCACUAUUGAUCAAUAUCACCGCUAUAAGGAAGAUGUGGGGAUUGUGAAGAAUAUGGGGUGGGAUGCUUAUCGAUUCUCUAUCUCAUGGUCAAGAUUGUUACCAAAUGGAAAGUUAAGUGGAGGAGUGAACAAGGAAGGAAUUAAAUAUUACAACAAUCUCAUCAAUGAGCUCUUACGCAAUGGUUUAACGCCAUUUGUGACACUCUUCCAUUUUGAUCUUCCUCAAACUUUAGAAGAUGAAUAUGGUGGUUUCCUAAGCCCUCAUAUUGUCAAUCAUUUUCAAGAUUACGCAGAACUUUGUUAUAAGGAAUUUGGCGACCAAGUAAAGCAUUGGAUCACACUGAAUGAGCCGUAUACCUUCAGUAACUAUGGUUAUGCAACCGGGUCCCAAGCGCCGGGACGAUGCUCCACUUGGCAGCAGCUAAACUGCACUGGCGGAGAUUCAUCUACAGAACCAUAUUUGGUAACACACCACCAGCUCCUUGCUCAUGCAGCUGCCGUAAAAUUGUACAAAAAUAGAUACCAGGCGUCUCAAAAUGGAGUGAUAGGGAUAACACUGGUGUCAGAUUGGUUUGAGCCCUUAUCAGAAGAAAAAGAAAAUAAAAAUGCUGCAUUACGAGCUUUGGAUUUUAUGUUCGGAUGGCAAGUGUUUGCUGAGCCAUUGACAAGUGGUGACUAUCCGCAAAGCAUGCGAUCUCUUGUCGGAAGCCGAUUACCAAAAUUCACAAAAGAACAAUCCAAGUUGCUAAUUGGUUCAUUUGAUUUUCUUGGACUAAAUUACUAUACGGGUUACUAUGCAAGUGAUGCACCUCGAAAUAACUCGGUAUACGCAAGCUACACAACAGAUGCCGGCGUUAACCUUUCAUCUGAGCGUAAUGGGGUCCCCAUCGGUCCAAAGGGUGCUUCGGAAUGGUUAAAUGUUUAUCCACAAGGAAUUCAACAUCUUUUACUCUACACAAAGAAAAAGUAUCACAAUCCAAUUAUUUACAUUACCGAAAAUGGUGUGGAUGAGUUGAAUGAUCCGAAAUUAUCACUUGCCGAAGCCCUUAAUGAUACCCAUAGAAUUGACUACUACAAUCGCCACCUUCAUUAUGUUCAAAGUUCUAUUGACAAUGGUGUCAAAGUGAAGGGAUUCUUUCCGUGGACGUUGCUAGACGACUUUGAAUGGAGUUCGGGAUUCAGUGUUCGAUUUGGUAUCACCUAUGUAGAUUACAACAAUGGGCUUAAAAGGCACCCAAAAGUCUCGGCGCACUGGUUCAAAAGUUUCCUUAAGAAGUAUUGA